CGCAUAUACGAAGGUAAAAGUUAUUCAAUAGACUAUUCUAUGAAGGGAAAACACUGUCGUCAGAACGUAUUGCUUCGUUACCAGUCAAGGUAUCAAGCAUUAUGCAUUGCGUCACCUCGCCCUACCAGAUGCAUUUUCUUGCCCCGCUUUUUUACCGUAAAGAUGUGCAGUACGUUUUUCAUUACAGCAGUAUGAUAGACUAUGAUUCUUCGAAGGUAUUCCAUAGACUGGUCACAAUAUAUACGAUCCGUUUUGAAAAUCAUAUCCGUGCUCAGUGAUGGCAACUAUAUCCAUAGCUACUACCUUCGUAGUAGCGAGUUUUUUGAGGCGAUUUUGACACCACAAAGCUUCAUCUUCGUACGACCUUCGCAUUCAAUAUUAGUCUAUUGUACGAAGGUAACACGAAACGUACCUUCGAAGGUACGAAGGUAGUAUGGAAUAAGCUUCAUUCGUUACCGUGCGUGCGUGUGUAACUUUAUUUACGAAGGUAUCAGGGAUGUCCACACAAAAGGGUUUUUCCGCGCCUGUUUGUAAAAACUUUCCCAUUCGACCGAGGGUGAACCAAAAAAAGGUAUAGCGCAAGUAUUUGGGUUGAACCAAGACGCCACCCAGGUGACUUUCCAGAUGACUGCUUCGUCCAUGCUCGAUGUGCGAUCCAUGGCACGCGGCUGCUUGCAGUUGCGGGUUCUCUCAAGCGUCCAUCGUUACGCACCUUGCGUUGCCUCUAUCCGAACACCGCAUAACAAUCUUCGACCGUGCAAACUUUCUCGAAGGUUCGGUUCACGGGUCGUGCAGUCAUCACUCCAAGAAGGUCGCUUGAACGUCCGGGACAUAGAUGAAGAGCAGCUAGCCAUUAGACUUCAAGGUUUGGAACAUCAUGCGGGUCGUUGACACCUUCUUGAAACGACAACGUUUGCAGGAGUUGGUCUCGAGCUUCAGGGUUGUGUCGAUAUAGGUAGCUACGCCGCGAUUUACAAAGCAAGGAGCGUGGGGCGCUCGUUGACCUUUGAAGAAGGCUCAGUCAGCAGCGAUUCAAAUGUCUCACUGCCCGGAGUUGCUGGCACUAUCUUCGC